AUGUUUGAUAAAGAGUAUUAUUUUAAAGAGCUUUUUCGGUUCAAAAGGGUAUAUGAGGAGUUUUUUGAAAGAAUUUUUUUUUUUUUUUUUUUUUUUUUUUGUUGUUGUUGUUGUUGUUGUUUACACAUUAAAAACAACUAAUAGCUAACAAUUAUUUAUCAAACAUUUUUUUUUUUGCACACACAACUAAUUUCGAUCAGCUAAUCAAAACAAUUAAUGUAAAAAUCUACCAGAUAACAGCUGGUCAAAAUAACUCACAGGAAUCUCUAACAAGACCUAUAAUAUAAAUAAAUCAAGAAUAUCUUAGAAAAAAAAUGAUGAGUAAUAUGAAAAAGUAGGUCCCACCUAAAAACACCACCCACCACUACAACUUGACAUGUGUCAAAAUCACCCCCAAAAAAGUCUAAAGAGAGGAAGGUGGUGUCCUCUACUACUUCUAUUACUACUAACUUCUAUAAAAUCCAACCAUUUCUCUUCCCAAUAACUCGUUGCCAAUAUCUAGCUUAGUCCUAACUCCUAGCCCCCCAACUUUGGCCACCUACCUCAUUCUCUAAUCUCCGCUUCUCAUUCUCAUUUUUAUUCCCUAAACAUGCUUUCUAUCUCAUCAUUCCACCCUUCCAUCACCGCCGCCGCCGCCGCCAACCACCACUCACAACAAUGCUCCGCCGUUUUUUCUCCUCCUACUCACCUCGCUCUUCCUCUCCGCCACCGCCGCAUCAACCUUCGUUGCGGCGGUAGCUCGGAGUCUAAUGAAUUUGUUGUGCACACGAGUUCAUCGUCAUCAACUCGGGUUUGUAGUGAUCCCCUUGAAGUUGCUAAUAGAGAUGUUAAGCUUAAGAUUGCUAUUAUUGGGUUUGGUAACUUUGGUCAGUUUUUGGCUAAGACUAUUGCUCAACAAGGUCAUAGAGUUUUGGCUUAUUCUAGGUCGGAUUACUCCCGUGCUGCUAAGGAAAUCGGCGUCGAGUAUUUCUCUGACGCCGAUGAUUUAUGUGAGGAGCAUCCUGAGGUGAUCCUUCUAUGCACCUCCAUCCUCUCAACGGAGAAAGUCCUCCGCUCGUUCCCCCUCCAUCGCCUUCGUCGGUCCACCCUCUUUGCGGAUGUCCUCUCGGUGAAGGAGUUCCCUCGCUCCCUCUUCCUACAAGUCCUACCUAAGGACUUUGACAUCCUUUGCACCCACCCAAUGUUCGGCCCUGACUCGGGCAAGAACGGGUGGGGUGGGCUCCCGUUUGUCUUUGACAAGGUCCGGGUAGGGUCAGACCCAACCCGGACCUCUCGGGCCGAGGCAUUCCUCGACGUCUUCAGGAAUGCCGGGUGUAGGAUGGUGGAGAUGACCUGUGCCGACCAUGACAAGCACGCGGCCGGGUCACAAUUUAUAACCCACAUGAUGGGCCGGGUUUUGGAGAAGUUGGCCCUAGAAAACACACCAAUUAACACAAAAGGGUAUGAAAGUUUGUUGAAUUUGGUGGAUAAUACAGCAAGAGAUAGCUUUGAGUUGUUUUAUGGAUUGUUUUUAUACAACAAAAAUGCAAUGGAACAGUUGGAUAGAAUGGAUUGGGCUUUUGAGAUGGUAAAGAAGCAACUUUCUGGUUAUUUGCAUGAUCUUGUUAGAAAACAAUUGAUAAAGGGAAAAAAAAAAAAUUACGUAUUUCAUGGCGGCGUCAAAACCCUAACUAUUCGCAGCAUCGAUGCAGCUCAACCUUACGACUAUGAAUCCAAACUCGCCGCCAUUAAUGGCAAUUCAUCAUCACCAUCAUCGGAUUACCCGAAGCUCAAGGUUGCAAUCGUUGGGUUCGGAAAUUACGGCCAAUUUCUGGCGAAAACCCUAGUUUUGCAAGGUCAUACUGUUCUUGCGUAUUCUAGGUCAGAUUACUCGAAAAUUGCGUCAAAUCUCGGUGUUUCGUACUUUUCUGAUCCUCAUGAUUUGUGCGAAGAACAUCCUGAGGUAAUUUUGUUGUGUACUUCGAUUUUAUCAACUGAAUAUAUGUUGAAUUCACUUCCAUUGCAACGUCUUAAGAGAUCGACGCUUUUUGUUGAUGUUUUAUCAGUGAAAGAGUUUCCUCGUAAUUUGUUUCUUCAGAUUUUACCUCCUGAUUUUGAUAUAUUAUGUACUCAUCCUAUGUUUGGACCUGAAUCUGGGAAAAAUGGGUGGGGAGGUUUGCCAUUUGUUUAUGAUAAGGUUAGGAUUGGGAGUUCAGAGGGUAGAAUUAGGAGGUGUGAGAAUUUUUUGGAUGUUUUUAGGAGAGCUGGGUGUAGGGUUGAGGAGAUGACUUGUGCUGAGCACGAUAAGUACGCGGCCGGGUCUCAGUUUAUUACACAUUUCUUAGGGAGGGUGUUGGAGAAGCUUGAUUUGGAUGAUACGCCGAUUAAUACCAAAGGUUAUGAGAGUUUGUUGAAUUUGGUGGAUAAUACGUCGAAAGAUAGUUUUGAGCUGUUUUAUGGGUUGUUUUUGUACAAUCAGAAUGCUAUGGAGCAAUUGGAGAGGUUAGAUUGGGCGUUCGAGUUGGUUAAGAAGCAGUUGUUUGGGCAUUUGCAUGGGUUGUUGAGAAAUCAGUUGUUUGGGUGUACUGAGCUUGAUGAACGCAUUGGGAAGGCGAAGGAGUUGAAGUUGCUUUCUGAUGCUGCAGCACAAAAUGGUAUUGCCUCGAGCUCGACUCCUAGGGAAAAUGCAAAUUCAGAAAUUAAUUGAAAUUUUUGUAGCCCGGCUCUUCAAUUCGUUGGUGUGGCUAUUGGACGUGAAUUUUGUAGCAAUCAAUGUUGAGCAACUGUCAUCCUAGGAUGUUGAAGUUGGAUUUAAUUGAAGUCGCUAUGAAGGCAUUGUUGCGGAUGGGAUGUUCUAGUGCACCACACUUUUACUGAUAUUGCUGACUCAAUUGUUUUCAAGUGGGAAACUGGUUUAUCAAGGCUUCUCUGUUUGGAAAGUAGAAUUGCUUUGGAAUGAAGAUGUUUCUAACAUGGUCACUCGAAGUAAUUCUAUGGCAGGUGCUUUAGCGAGCUAGGAGAACUGAUCUGAUGUGUUCCAAGUUUGACUGUGGACUUCCUGUAAAAUUCUUUUCCUUUGUUGAUUUUGAGUUUAGGUGUUUACCUAUCUCUGUUUAUGGAAUAAAUUGCUUUUUAGAAUUCUCUUCUUUAUUUUGCAAAGCAAAUGAUAUUUUGUACAAUACAGGAGCAGAGUUUUUGCAAUGUAUGUAUGAUUAUGAUUACUGGAGUUCAUCUGUUGUUCAAUUCUCA